AUGUUUUUGAAGGCGGGCAGAGGGAAAAAAGUCCCCCCAGUGAGGGCCUGUGAGUCUGUGUAGUUCUGAUGGAGACCCCUUUGAGCAAGAGGAACCCGCCAGCGCUGAGAUUAGCGGAUUUGGCAACAGCUCAGGCCAGGCCACUUCAGAAUAUGACAGGCUUCCCGGCGCUGGCCAGCGCGGCCGCCCACUCCCAACUCCGCGCCGCAGCCGCGCACCUCCGCCCUCGGGACCUGGGCGCUGACCCCGGCGUGGCCAUCACUCCGCUCGGACCCGAGCACAUGGCCCAGGCGAGCGCGUUCGGCCUCAUCCCUCCCUCCCAGGCGCUCCCGGCACAGCCCGAGGCCCCAGCGGCCGCCGCCCGCGCUGCAGCCUCGGUCUCGCACCCGGGCGCCGGCACCUACCCUGGCGGCGGGGGCAGCGGUAGCGUGCAGUCCUCCGCGCCCGCGCCCCCGCCCCCAGCCCCUCCUCUUCCUCCCUCCCUUUCACCCCCUCCCCCUCCUCUUGGCCUCUCGGGCUACACCACCACCAACAGUGGCGGCGGCGGCAGCAGCGGCAAAGGCCACAGCAGGGACUUCGUCCUCCGGAGGGACCUUUCCGCCACGGCCCCCGCGGCGGCCAUGCACGGGGCCCCGCUCGGAGGGGAGCAGCGGUCCGGCACCGGCUCCCCCCAGCACUCGGCCCCGCCUCCCCACUCAGCCGGCAUGUUCAUCUCGGCCAGCGGCACCUACGCUGGCCCGGACGGCAGCGGCGGCGGGGGCCCGGCGCUCUUUCCCUCGCUGCACGACACGCCGGGAGGCCCCGGCGGCCACCCGCACCCGCUCAACGGCCAGAUGCGCCUGGGGCUGGCGGCAGCGGCGGCAGCCGCGGCGGCUGAACUGUACGGCCGCGGGGAGCCGCCCUUCGCGCCGCGCUCGGGGGAUGCGCACUACGGUGCGGUGGCGGCCGCUGCAGCCGCCGCCCUGCAUGGCUACGGAGCCGUGAACUUAAACCUGAACCUGGCGGCGGCGGCUGCUGCCGCGGCGGCCGGACCCGGGCCCCACCUGCAACACCACGCGCCGCCCCCGGCGCCGCCACCGCCGCCCGCGCCCGCGCAGCACCCGCACCAGCACCACCCCCACCUCCCAGGGGCGGCCGGGGCCUUCCUGCGCUACAUGCGGCAGCCAAUCAAGCAGGAGCUCAUCUGCAAGUGGAUCGACCCCGAGGAGCUGGCCGGGCCGCCGCCGCCCCCGCCCCCGGCCGGCGGCGCCAAGCCCUGCUCCAAAACUUUCGGCACCAUGCACGAGCUGGUGAACCACGUCACGGUGGAGCACGUGGGCGGCCCCGAGCAAAGCAGCCACGUCUGCUUCUGGGAGGACUGUCCGCGCGAGGGCAAGCCCUUCAAGGCCAAAUACAAGCUCAUCAACCACAUCCGCGUGCACACCGGCGAGAAGCCCUUUCCCUGCCCCUUCCCGGGCUGCGGCAAGGUCUUCGCGCGCUCCGAGAACCUCAAGAUCCACAAGCGCACUCAUACAGGAGAAAAGCCUUUCAAAUGUGAAUUUGAUGGCUGUGACAGGAAGUUUGCCAACAGCAGUGACCGAAAGAAACAUUCCCACGUCCACACCAGUGACAAGCCCUACUACUGCAAGAUCCGAGGCUGUGACAAAUCCUACACCCACCCGAGCUCGCUGAGGAAGCACAUGAAGAUUCACUGCAAGUCCCCACCACCCUCUCCAGGACCCCUGGGCUACUCAUCGGUGGGGACUCCAGUGGGUGCCCCCUUGUCCCCUGUGCUGGACCCAACCAGGAGUCGCUCGAGCACUCUGUCCCCUCAGGUGACCAACCUCAAUGAGUGGUACGUUUGCCAGCCCAGUGGGGUCCCCAGUCACCUCCACACCCCUUCCAGCAGUGGAACCACUUCUGAGUCUGACGACGAGGAGAUGUACCGGAACUCUGAAGGCGUGCGGACCAUACAUUAG